CGGGAGGUGCCCUGCGUUUGAAAUCGGAAAUUUGGCGCUGCAGUUGGAACUGGGUCUGGAGGUCCGCCGGGGGCUGGAGGUUUCUCUGCUUUUGGGGGAAGGCAACUGACCUCAGGCCUGUCAGCCACGGCGACGAAGGUGGGAGCCGGGCUGGGCCCUUGGAUUCGCCUGUUGUGAAAGGGGAAGUAGUGUCUUGCACAAUGGUAGAAGAUGAGUUGGCGCUCUUCGAUAAAAGCAUAAAUGAAUUUGGAAAUAAGUUCAGAAACACUCUCAGUGACACCCCCUGUCAGAUGGUGGGACUAAGGGAUGCCUAUAAGGACUCCGUUAAAGCUCUGGCAGAGAAGCUGUCUGUGAAAUUAAAGGAGGAAGAACGAAUGGUUGAGAUGUUUCUGGAAUAUCAAAAUCAGAUCUUCAAGCAGAAUAAGCUGAUUCAAGAAAAGAAAGACAAUCUUUUAAAGUUGAUUGCUGAAGUGAAAGGCAAAAAGCAGGAACUGGAAGUUCUAACUGCAAAUAUUCAGGAUCUUAAAGAAGAAUAUUCUAAGAAGAAAGAAACUAUCUCCACUGCUAGCAGAGCUAACGAAGAAAGGUUGAAAAGGCUGCAGAAGUCAGCAGACUUGUAUAAAGAUCGACUUGGACUAGAAAUUAGAAAAAUUUAUGGGGAUAAGUUGCAGUUUAUAUUCACUAAUAUUGACUCGAAGCAUCCUGAAAACCCAUUUAUGUUUUCCUUGCAUCUAAAUGAAGCAGGGGACUAUGAAGUUUCAGAUAGCGCUCCUCAUCUUGAGUGCCUAGCAGAAUUUCAAGAGAAAGUGAGGAAGACCAACAAUUUUUCAGCUUUUCUUGCCAAUGUUCGGAAAGCUUUUACAGCUAUGGUUUAUAAUUAAUGUAGAAAUAAUACAUUAAAAUGGGUUGUUUUUCUUUUCUGUUGUCUAUGUCUUUAUAAAAGAGUUCUGUGUUUGGUGUUCUUGUGAUGUUUCCAUGUGGUAUGAAGGAAAGCUGAAUACAUCACCCCAAAUAUAUCUCUGACAUAAAUAUUUGGAGCUGAAGACAAUUAAGAAACAGCAGAGUCAGAAAAAGCCCUUUAGAAGGAGGGGAUAAUAUCGCAAAGGUGUCUUGUCUGCCUUGUCAACAAGGAAGGAAGGAAGUUAAUCACUGCGGAGAACUCUUAUCAGCAUAGACGUGGCACCAGAGGAAUCCCCAAACAAGCUUGCUUCAUUCCUUUAUUCCCACAAACUUACCUUCCCACGGUGUCCCACCUCUGGAACCCAGAACUGCUUUCCUUUGUCUUGUGACCUCUGAAAACCUUACUAUUCUUUGUUGAAGAUACUGUAUAAGCCUACUACUGUGAGUUACCUUUCACCGGGUUUCCCCCAUGGGAUGGGCUCUGUGUGCAUUAAUAAACUGCUUGUUUUCCUCGUGUUAA